AUGAGCGCAGGCAGAGCGGGCAGGGCCCCGCUCCUGCUGCCCCUGGCCCUGCUGUUGGCCGCCGCGUCCCAGCCCCACGAUGGGGACGUCCCAAGGAGCCCGGAGCCCCUGCGCUGCCCCAGCCCCUGCGCCUGCAGCUUCGACGACUACAGCGAGGAGCUCAACGUCUUCUGCAGCGGCCGCAACCUGACGCAGCUCCCCGAGGAUGUCCCCGCCAACGCCAAAGCCCUCUGGCUGGACGGCAACAACUUCACCCAGCUGCCGGCCGCGGCCUUCAGGAACCUCUCGGGGCUGGACUUCCUGGACCUGCAGAGCAGCCAGCUGGCCGCCGUGGAGCAGCACGCCUUCCACGGCCUGCGCAGCCUCUACCACCUCCACCUCGAGCGCAACCGCCUCAAGCACCUGGCGCCCCACACCUUCCUGCACACCCAGAACCUCGUGUCCCUCAGCCUCAACAACAACUUCUUCAGCAAGGUGGAGGAAGGGCUGUUUGCCGGGCUCUCCAACCUGUGGUACCUGAACCUGGGCUGGAACUCGCUGGUUGUCCUGCCCGACAAGGUCUUCCACGACCUGCCCAACCUGAGGGAGCUGAUCCUGGCGGGGAACAAGCUCCCCUACCUCCAGCACCAGCUCUUCUGCAGCCUUACGGAGCUGAAGGAGCUGGACCUGAGCGGGAACGCGCUCAAGGGCAUCAAAAUCAACAUCUUCGUCAAGCUGCAGAAGCUGCAGAAGCUUUACCUGAACCACAACCAGAUCAACGCCAUCGCACCCCGCGCGUUCAUGGGCAUGAAGUCCCUCCGGUGGCUGGAUCUGUCCCACAACCGCCUCGUCUCGCUCUUUGAGGACACGUUUCUGGGCCUCCUGAGCCUGCACGUCCUACGCUUGUCCACCAACUCCAUCAGCAGCCUGAGGCCCAGGACUUUCAAAGACCUCCAGUUCCUGGAGGAGCUGCAGCUGGGGCACAACAGGAUCCGGAGCCUGGCAGAAAGGACCUUCGAGGGGCUGGGCCAGCUGGAGGUGCUCAGCCUCAACAACAACCAGCUGCAGGACAUCAGGGUUGGGGCGUUCCUCGGGCUGUACAACGUGGCGGUGAUGCACUUGUCUGCCAACUGCAUCAAGGCCCUCCCCGACUUCGUCUUCAAGGGGGUCACCAAGCUGCACAGCCUCCACCUGGAGCACAGCUGCCUCGGCAGGAUCAGGGCCAGCACCUUCUCCGGCCUCUCCAGCCUGCGGCGGCUCUUCCUGCAGCACAACGCUGUCUCCGUCAUCGAGGACCGGAGCUUCAGCGAACUGCACGAGCUCCUGGAGCUCGACCUGAAGCACAACAGGCUGAGCCACCUCUCGUCGCAGCUCUUUGUGGGUCUGAGCAACCUGGAGUACCUCUUCCUCUCCUCCAACCAGCUCCUGGACAUCUCCCAGGAUGCCUUCAGCCCGCUCCAGAGACUUUUCUGGCUCGACCUCUCCCAUAACCAGCUGGAGACGCUGGACAACGCCGUCAUCUCCCCCCUGGCCAACCUGCGGUACCUCAGCCUGAGUAACAACUCCCUGGAGACCUUCUCGGUGGGCUUCCUCUGCCCUUCCUUCGCCCUGGAGCAGCUGUGGCUGGGGGGAAACAACUGGCAUUGCAACUGCUCGCUGAAGGGGCUGCGGGACUUCUCCCUGCGGCACCCGGCGGUGGUCCCGCGCUUCGUGCAGUCCGGCGAGGGGGACGACUCCCACGUCCCCGUCUACACCUACAACAACCUCACCUGCCGCCACCCCCCCAGCCUCGCAGGCCUGGACCUCCGCGACACCAGUGAGGACAGCUUUGCUCACUGCUGA